AUGAGCCACCCGCCACCGUACUACGGGCCACCGCCACCAUGGCCACCGCCGCCGCCGCAGCAGCCGCAUCUCUACCCGCCUCACCCGCCACUCCCAGGCCAUUUUCCACCACCGCCACCGCCCGACCAAUCCGGGACAUACCCGCAUCCAUACCCCUACUACAUGCCGAUGAUGGCGAUCCCCGUUGGCGUCCCCCCAGUCCCCCCACCGAGUGACCCUUCAAACCCCACGUAUAUCACAAACUACAUAUACCACGGAGAAACAUCCAAUCAACCCCAGGGGCCACCGGUGGGAGACGCGGUGCAGGUCGUCGAGACUUCUGGAGACUUCGAUUGGAUCCCAACUACCUCCACCACAGCGUCGCAUUUGAGUGGCAAAGCUGUUUUGGGAGGGCACGAAGGUUGGGACGGCAGUCCUCUAUGGGUCAUCAGAUCCUGGCAUAACGGAGACCUGAUACCAGGGAAGCUGUCAGUGAGGCACAACGCUGCGUCAAUCAUGUAUAACGGAAAGGAAGUCCCUGUUCAGAAUAUUGAAGUUUUGUGUGCUCGGCCGGAGAAUCUGCGAUGGGUGCCAGCUUCUAAUGGAAAUAUACCUCCAAGUGCCAUUGAAGGUGGUAGAACAGCGUCAGGAGAGACCUUAUAUAUAGGCAGAGCGAGGUACCAGCUGUCGAUAACUCCUGGAAAGGUGCAGCCAAGCCACAACUGUUGCUACAUCGGAUUCGGUGGUUCAGAAGUGUCUCAUCGGGUGUACGAUGUCCUGUGCAGGAUCAGUUAG